CGUGUGUGUGUGAGUGAGAGAGAGAGAGAGAGAGAGAGAGAGAGAGAGAGAGAGACCUUUAGAAUGACCUACUCAUCAUAAUAUUAGUAGCACAUCCAGAAUGUGUCAAAGAUCAGAUAUGACACAACAACAUUUCGUUUUUGGUACAGUUUACACCAGCAUGGACGCAUAUUAUGACAAGCAACGUGCAGAGAGGGAGGAGAUUACUGUAGCGACGUCACACAUGUAGAAUGAGGGGCGGAGCUUAUCGGCCAGGAUUUCCUCAUCGGUCUACAAAAAUAAUGACUUUAGCGACUCAUCACUAAAUAAUAAUCUCGGUUCUAAGCCCAAUAAACGGUCUGCUACCAGAUACUCAGUAGAAUAAAUAGAUUCGAAAUAUUCUAGUUUUAACAGCAAAAGUCUCUUUUAAAAUAAGAAACAACGUCAUCAUUUUUUAAUGCUCAAUGGACAAGAAAAAUCAGUGGAAAUAGUUUAAUAGUCACUUUUAGGAAAGUUCGUAUCUGUAGUGUCUGAACUCUCUGGAGCCACUGAGCGCCAUCUGGAGGAAAAGACGAUCACGUGUCACACACACACACAUGUUAAAGAGAGAGAGAGCUGAAGUGAGUGCUGAACAUCUUCAUCAUGUCUCUGUCUGGAUCUCAGUGUCAUGAUGAUGCUCUACACGGCUCUUGGGCUGAUCUAGAGAGUCAGAGACCAUCAUCAUCCGUCCUUCAGAGCGACAUGGAGAUAAUUCUACUGGACGCUCAGUUGGAGUGUGAGAGAAGUCAAAGUGAAAGUCCUCCACAGAUCGUGAGAACAUCAGGAUCUCCUAAAGCAGUCAGCGAGGGCGGCAGCAGCAGCACAGACUGUGUUACUAUACAGUCCGAUGAGAGCAAUAGAAGAGUGAGGACUGAAUGGGUUUGGGAUUGGUCCAGUCGGCCAGAAAACCUCCCGCCAAAGGAGUUUGUGUUUCAUCAUCCGAAACAGUGCAGUUCUCUGAGUGUGAGGAAGACUGAAGUGAUGAAGAGAGGUUUGUUUUCUUCAGGCGUGCUCCUCGUCCUCCUCUCGUCUCUGCUGGCCUCUCACGCUCUGACGCUCGGUGUGGGAAUAUACAUCGGGAAACGACUGGCGUCCUCCUCCACCAACACGCUGUGACACGUGACCUUCAGCAGCUCACCGAUUGGCUGAGAAGGCUGCUUCUAGUACUGUAGCUCAAUCACAUGAUAUUACGUUUCCUCAUCUUUUGUGUUUGUCUCGCUAUACUAAUCUGAAUGAUUUUGAAGUUGUUUGCAUUAAUUGUUGGGUUUGUAAGGAUUGUGUUCACUCAAAUACAGUUGAAUCACAGCAGGGAACAGAAAUCAAACACUUAUGCUAUGAAACUGAGCAUAUAAAUAACCAACAAUACAGACACGAGACAAAACAAAGUGUUAUUAUCACUGAAAUGUCAAAUAAAAAAUGUGCAUUCAGAAUGAGGUGAAUGUUAAUAGACCUGUCAGUUGUUUGUUUCAUAAAUCAAAAUAAUAAAAAAAUCAAUGUUGUGUUGUCGAAAUGUGAAGGUUACUGGAGCUUAGCAGUUUCCUUGUUGUUAGACUAUUUUAAUCUCAUUAAACAUCAUUGUG